GGCUGGACUGCACUCUCUGCACAUCUAGGCUGCCUUGAGAACGUUCGGGGCGAGAAUGAAGGUACUAGGUGGACUUUUGGUAGCUCUUGCGGCCGCAUUAGCAGUUCUCACAGCUGUGAACGCGUCGCCCAUGCAACGACGGGACCUGCCCGCCACUAGGAGACUAGUGGAGCUAACCGCGAGGCGACUGGGAGAGCUACGGAAGGUACCGCUGGAGGAAGAGGGGGACGGUGGGGUGUCGGGUCUGACGUGCGAUGCGUGCAAGGUGAUAGUGGACACGCUGGACACUCUGUACAUGGAGAACAGGACGUGGGACGAUAUGGUGGCCGCCAUAACGGAGCUCUGCAUCGAGCUCGAGAUCGAGGACCGCAACGUCUGCACGCUGGCCAUCAAGGAGUUCGAGGUGGAGGUGCUGACAGUGUUUGAAAGAGUGGGUCUGGGGAAAAGGAGAUCUGUGGCUAUGUCGUCGGAGGCUCGUGUGCCAGUGACUACGAUCCAUGGGAACAGAAAUGGAACGUGACCAUUCCUGGAGGAAACCCCCAGUUGUUCCUGUCAACCCUCCGAAACCUGGAUCUCCGACCAACAGGAUCCUCUUCCUGACUGACAUGCACUGGGACCCCUACUACACUCCUGGUCUCACAAACGACUGUGGAGAACCACUCUGCUGUCGUCCUCCCAACCCCAAAGCAACAAAUGAGUCUACUGCAGCAGGGAACUGGGGAGACUACCAAUGUGAUGUCCCAUACAGAACACUGGAGAGCCUCAUGCAGUUCAUUGCUGGCAUGAGUGAUGAGUUUGACUGGGUCUACUGGACUGGGGAUCUGCCUGCUCACUAUGUCUGGAACCAGACCAGAGAAAACCAGCUGUACAUAAUGGACACACUGUGUGACAUGAUGAAGCAGUAUCUCCCUGAUAAAAUUGUGUUCCCUUCACUCGGCAACCACGAGGGAGUCCCAGUGAAUGCGUUUCCUCCACCGUUCGUAACAGGUGAGAAUGGGGACUCGUGGCUCCUGACAGAUGCCAGUAGACAGUGGUACUCUUGGCUCAGCCAGCUCCCUGACUGGGACACCACACACAACACCAUCACCUAUGGAGGAUUCUACAAUGUGAGAGUUCGUGAGGGACUGAGGGUCAUCUCACUGCAGACAAACUUUGCCAACAGUGGAAACUAUUGGUUACUGAUCAACAGUACAGACCCGGCAGGUCAGUUGAAGUGGUUGGUGGAGCAGCUGCUCCAGGCAGAGAGGGACGUGGACAAGGUUCACAUCAUUGGCCACAUCUUCCCCAGCAGCUACAUGAAGGAGUUUGGGUGGAACUACCACAAGAUUGUCACUAGGUUUGAGAGCACAAUAACUGGGCAGUUCUUUGGCCACACCCACCAAGACUCCUGGCAGGUCUUCUUUGACGACAGCAACAGAACCAGAGCCACAAAUGUUGCGUACAUGGGACCAGCAGUAACCACCUACCAGGGACUCAACCUGGGCUUCAGGAUCUAUACAAUGGAUGGAAACUAUAACGGAACCAGUAACGCUCUGCUAGACCACGAGUCAUACUGGCUGAACCUGACGGAAGCAAACCUCAAAGACAAGGCGGAAUGGAAGUUUGAAUACUCGGCCAAAGAGGCGUACGGACUCGGGUCCCUGCAGCCACAGGAGUGGGCCAGACUCAUCGACAGAUUCAAAACUGACGACGCCCUCUUUCAGAAGUUUUGGGACUACAAGUACAAGAUGCAUGCGGGACCGUGUGACGCUGGUUGUCGUGCGUCCGCAAUCUGUGGCCUCCAGAGGACACGUACUGACUCCCCCUUCCCCUGCACCGACCUCCCUCUUGGAAUGACCAUGGACGACGUACUCAGACACCUCGCAAAGGACAUCAUGUGUUGAGCUAACAACACUAUACCCUCUGUGUGUGUGUAUGCGUGUGUAUAUACCUGUGUGUGUAUGUGUAUAUGCAUAUUAUGUGUGUAUGUGUGUCGAUUUUUAUUUUUGAGUUUGACUGGAAAGUUUUCUCCAUUGAAACUUCAUUAUGCUGGACCUUUUCUUGGAAAUUUCAAAGGCGGGAGGGGCAAAGUGCAGGUUUGUAAACUGGGAU